AUGCAUCGUCAAAUUGCACGGAGACCGCCGACCCGUACAAGGGACCAGCCUUGCCAGGAACUCUGGAUUGACUGGACCGAUCUAGAUCCUAAUUUUGAAGACUACGUACGAAUUAUGUUCGUUACAGAUGCCUAUUCAGGCAUGGUCUUCCCCUAUUUCAUGCGGACCCACGGAUCAGACCAAGAGAGCCUAGCUGUUCUUAGGGACUUUGUGGACUGGAUGAAAAAUAGACACGGAUUUUGUGCCAAGGUCAUACGAUCAGAUGGCGAGCUUUUCACCAAAAGGGUCCGAGGCUGGCUGAGGCAACAGGGAAUAACGGCAGAAAAGUCGGCCGCCAAUACCCCGGCCCAGAAUGGAGGUGCCGAAAGGUCAGGGGGUGCCGUAACAGAAAAAUCCCGAGCAAUGCGGAUUUCGGCCAACCUGCCUCAUGACCUUUGGAAGGAAAUUGUCGAAGCCGCCUGUUACCUCAAGAAUAAGACCCCUCGCGAAUCCAAUGAGUGGAGAACACCACACGAGCUAUUCUUCAAGAAACAGCCGCAGCUAGCACACCUUAAGGCUUAUGGCUGCCGGGCCUAUGCGAUGACAUCAGAAGCCCAGCUCAAGCAAAGGCGACUACGGAAGUUAGACCCAAGAGCCCAUAUCGGCUACCUAGUUGGCUACGAAUCGUCCAAUAUCUUCAAGAUCUGGGUCCCGCACAAAGGGAAGGUCAUCUUGACCAGAGACGUCAUCUUUGAUGAAGGCACCUUCUUUGACGGAAAGGAUAUACAGCCCGAACUGCUAGAGACUAUCAACCAGCUAGUACAGAAGGUGGAAGUCCCAGAAAGUCAACAAUCCAACGCUCAGGCCUUGGAAGAAGAGAUCGAAGAUGACGCCCAAAGCACCAUCUUUGUCAAUACAGACGAACUAGGAAAUGAAGACUUGACCGACAAGGAAGACUAUGAUCGGUUGAGAGACCUCGAAGCAGCGCUAAUCUCACCUCCGCCAUCAGAGCCCGAAGAGUCACUUGAGGCAGUAUUUUCAGUCCAUCUGCCAGUCUCUGUCCCUGAGGGGGUGGGAGAUCAGCCCAUCCGCAGGAACCCCUGGAAUUGGCUACCUUCUCUGACCAUACAGGGACAGAUCAUGAAGACCGUUUUCAAGAUUUUAAUCCCGUGCGGAUAG